CUGUACAUAACCCCUUAUCAGACAUGAACAGGCACUACCUGCGCGAGGCUCCCUACUCCUCACUAGUGGCCGAGUGACGUCAUGACCACCACCGCCCUGCAGAGUCAGUGAUUUCAGCUGAUGGAGCGGCAGCGGCCUGUACUGCUAUGGUUUUGCAUUUUAGCUGGCGCCCCUAGAUUUUUAGCUGGGCGGAAAACGCGCGGUUGGGUGUUCGACUUCUCAGGGAUGUAUUUUCCGCGCGCGUGAUUUUGUAUGCUGAAACGAAGUCCUGGUGGGCCAGCAGCGGGAUUUUCAGGAGCUUUUUAGCGAAAGGCGGCGAGUCUAGCACGCAGGAUACGCCCGCUGUUCCAAGCUCACGUUGAUUUUUUUGCGGUGAAGUGACAAAGAAGCGACACAGGCACACGAGAAUGUCAUUUGAGGGGGAAAGAUCUAACAGUUAGUGAGCUUUUUCUUUUUGCUGACCGCAGGGCAGAUGAAUGUGGAGGGUGACAGUUUGAAUGUUGCAGGUUGUUUGACGCUUAUUUAAAGUACAGCGUGCGCUCUCACACGAGCGAGGAGAAUCGCAAUGGAAGAGCUUUGCGGUUGGGGGCUGCGAAUCUUUGUCGGAGCGUUAGUAAGUGUUGAACUGCUGGACUGAUUCACCGCUUUUGUGUUUAUGCCUACAGGCAUGAAAAUCUGCCGACCAAAGUGUCCGUACUUGGCAGAAACGGCACGCGAGAAAGAUGCCCAACGAAGAAUGCAACUCGACAUAGCAGCUCCGUACUCCCGCAUCAGAAUGGCCCCUUACAGUUGAAAUGCAAAGUACUCGCCACUGAGGCUGCACUAGACAGGCCACACGCUUUUUAUUUAUUUAUACAUUUCAAAAAAUCCUUUGGGGAACUGUCGUCCAGGAUGUCUAAAGUCACCACGAAAGAGAAGAAAUCGUUCAGCAAGAAGUUGUUUCGCAGGGGUUCGGUGAGGUCCGUGGGCAGUUUUAUGAGCAGGGUCCUAAAAACGCUGUCAACACUCUCCCACUUCGGCACUGAAGAGCACGCGACCGAUGAAGAGAAGGAUGACGGCGGCUUCUCGUCCUUUACGACGGGCGGGAGGAGCUCUGUGAAAUCUGACGGUGACGAGUGCCAGGGCUUCCUCUUUAGUGGGGACCGGAUUCCCGGCGUGGCAGGACUAAAGAACCAUGGUAAUACCUGCUUCAUGAACGCCAUCCUGCAGUGUCUCAGCAACACCGACCUCUUCGCCGAAUAUCUCGCCCUGGAGCAUUAUAGAGGGGAGGAGGAGAACGACGAACAGGCCAAAUCCAACGGGGUGCUGUUCGAGAAAAAAACAGCCCACGACAGAGGGGAGGUCACGGAGCAGCUGGGUCGCCUAGUUCGUUCAUUGUGGACAUUUGAAUACACUCCACAGCAUAGUCGAGAAUUCAAAGGUAUUGUAUCAAAGAAUGCUUUGCAGUACCGGGGAAAUGCUCAGCAUGAUGCUCAGGAGUUUUUAUUAUGGCUUCUUGACCGUGUUCAUGAGGACUUGAACAAUUUUAUAAAUCCAAAUGGACGACUCAGAUAAAAGUAACCUCCAUUAGAAGAAGAUGUGGCAUCAGAAGGGCCUUCUCUUCCAGUUACAAGCUCGUUUAUUCAAGAGCUUUUCCAGGCACAGUACAGAUCUUCGUUAACAUGUCCUCAUUGUCAGAAGCAGAGUAACACUUUUGAUCCAUUCCUUUGCAUCUCCCUGCCUAUUCCAUUGCCUCACACCCGGCCUUUGUAUGUGACAGUGGUUUACCAAGGCAAAUGUUCGCACUGCAUGAGAAUUGGAGUGGCAGUACCUCUUUCCAGCAAAGUAUCCAGGCUACGAGAUGCUGUGUCAAUGGAAACAAAAAUCCCUACUGAUCAAAUUAUAUUGACAGAAAUGUUUUAUGAUGGCUUUCAUCGGUCAUUUUGUGAUGACGAUGAUGACUUGGACAGCAUUCAAGAAAGUGAUUGCAUUUUUGCAUUUGAAACUCCUGAGAUUUUUAGGCCUGAUAAGAUUUUAAGUCAAAGAGGGCUACAAUCAAACUUAAAUCAGAACAACUUAAAAUAUUGCUUGGAGCAAAACAGAACAGCUUCAUACAUGCAUGGAGCAGGGAAGUCUUUGAUAACUUCAAAUAAGAAUACAGGAAAUGAGAAGAUAAUUAUACUGGUCUGCAACAGAGCCUGCAGUGGUCAGCAAGUACGAAGGUUUGGUCACCCUUUUGUAUUGCAUUUGGAGCGAACUGUAACAUGGGAUGUGCUUCAGAAAGAAAUUUUGGAAAAAAUGCGACAUUUGUUAAGGCCUGGUGUGUUUAUUCAGGUUGGUCCUUUUAGCUUGCGUGUCGUUGGUGUUGUAGGAAUUACUUAUCUUCUACCUCAGGAAGAGCAACCUCUAUGCCACCCAACUGUGGAAAGGGCAUACAAAUCAUGUGGACAAGGAGGCCCUCCUCAUGUAAAGAUAAUUGUAGAAUGGGACAAAGAAACCAAGGACUAUUUAUUUGGACACACUGAAGAUGAAUAUGUUCCAGACUCUGAGAGUGUACGACAGCAGAGAGAAAUUCACCACCAGCCUCAGGCUUGCACAUUAACGCAGUGUUUCCAGCUGUACACUAAAGAGGAGCAGCUUGCCCCUGAUGAUGCAUGGCGAUGUCCUCAUUGUAAGAUGCUGCAACAGGGCAGCAUUAAACUGAGUCUCUGGACAUUGCCUGAUGUUCUUAUACUGCAUUUGAAAAGAUUCAGACAGGAAGGGGACAGGAGGGUAAAAAUGCAGAACUUGAUUAAAUUUCCCCUGAUGGGCCUGGAUAUGACUCCACAUGUAGUAAAACGCAGCCAAAGCAGCUGGAGUUUGCCUUCUCAUUGGUCACCGUGGCGGCGUCCGUAUGGACUUGGAAGAGACCCUGAAGAUUAUGUGUAUGACUUGUACGCUGUUUGUAAUCAUCAUGGGACAAUGCAUGGAGGACAUUAUACAGCCUAUUGUAAGAAUUCGAUUGAUGGGCAGUGGUACUGUUUUGAUGAUAGUGAUGUUCAACCGAUCUCUGAUGCUGAAGUAUGCAAGCCAGUGGCAUAUAUCUUAUUUUACCAGCGAAGGACUACCAUUCCAUCUUGGUCUGCAAACAGUUCUGUAGCAGGCUCAACAAGCUCUUCUCUUUGUGAACACUGGAUCAAUAGAUUGCCUGGGAGCAAACCACCCAGUGUUGCCUCUGCUGCAUCUUCAAGACGUACUUCAUUGGCUUCACUGUCUGAAUCAGUUGAAUUUACAGGAGAACGAAGUGAAGAUGAUGGAGGAUUCUCAACUCGUCCUUUUGUGAGAAGUGUUCAACGGCAGAGUUUAUCAUCCAGAUCUUCAGUUACAAGUCCUUUAGCAACAAAUGAAAAUGGAAUCAAGCCAUCUUGGUCAUUAUCUGCCAAAUUACAGAUAAGAUCUAACUCUCCAUCAAGAUUUUCUUUAGAUUCAUUUUCCUCCUCCACCUUAGAAAGAAUAGGUGAAGCUACAGAUGACAAAGUGUCCACGUCUUGUUUUGGAAGUUAUAGUAAAUAUGAGCACAAGACAAGUGGUAAAGCACCACUUGCUGUGAUGGAAGGUGUUAUGAGAGAAGAAAACCUUAAUAGAUCUAACAUAAGCCUUGAGGACACUUUUUGUAAACAUUCAUCCCAGAUAGAGAAGAGACUGUCCAAAAUGGAUUCUGAAGACAAUAACAAUCGGAUAACAUCUGUUGAUCAAAGCCUUUCUAGCCGAAGUUUAUCAACAAGAGAAUCAAAACACAGAAGCAAGCCAGGGCCAUCAAAUUACAAAAGCGAUAACACAACAGGAAAAAGAAACCCUACUAAGAUAGUUAAUGAGCAGGACAAAAGUUCGAAGAAAAGACAAACAUCCUCUUCCACCCAAGGGUCCCCUGCUUCCCAGGCAUCUUCCAGUCCUCCAGUGAAAAGUUCAGCUAAAGCAUCUGGCUCUAAAGACAAAGCCGAAUCUUCUAAAGUUGGUAGUCUCAAAGCUGCUUCAUCUAUGUCCCAUUCCAAAAAGGAACACACUCAACACCAGGAAGGUAGUCACUUGAGUAGUGGUCAGCAGAAGCAGAAACACACCUCAAAACUCAGGUCCUCCUCAACUUUGCCAGUUAUUACUAAAACGUCAUCUUUGGGGUCUACUAUUUCCUCUGGGAGAAGUAAGAUGAUGGAAAAGAGCCUGAGCAAAGAAUCUUCUCAAGCGAGCCCCCAUCUUGAAAAGCCAGGUGGGGUAAGCGCUUCAAAAACAAGCAGCAAUGCAAGAGCAUCUGUUGUCAAAUCUAGUGAUAGCAGUAGAAUAGAGCGAAGGCCUGUGAGAAGCUCCAGUAGUAGUAGUUCUGUAACAAGCCUUCGAUCACCCAGUGUUUCUUCCAAGACGGAUCUCAGAAGAAACAGCAAAUCUGAGGACAAAGGAUUAUCAUUCUUCAAAUCAGCACUCCGGCAGAAGGAGACUCGUAGGUCAGCAGAUUUUGGUAAAACAAGUAUUUUGUCCAAGAAGUCCACAGAUGGAAUUUCUAAAUCCACUACUAAGAAUGGCAUGGACGUUAGUGAUGGAACUUGUAAGACUAGUCAAAUUAUAUCUAGUGAAUUACACUCGGCAAAGUUUUCAGCAAAAGAGAAACAAACAGUCAAGGCCAGUACCCUUGUUACACAAUCUCCAGUUUCUUCAAAUAAAUCCAAGUCUUCCAAUUUGGAAACCAGUGCUUCAUUACUAAGUGAGAGAAAGAAACAACCCGAGAAAUCAUCAACUAGAAAACUAGCAGCUAGCAUGCAAUCCUCUGCACAGUCGACCCAAAAGGCUAAGUGACUGUUGGCAAAGAAUUUGUUUAUUCCUGCAAAGUAAUUUCGUUUUAUUUUUUUAUGUGCCUAAUUUAUUUUUUUCUGGAAAAAAUACAUAUUGUAAAUUA